UCUUCCGCCGCGUUUGGGCGACCGAGUUCUCGAGCGAUGCGGCAGAAGUAUUACAUUGAAGCGGCUGCUCGGGGCCUGGUGGGAAGCUGCCCGGGCCAGGCCCGCUACCUCCUAUGGGCCUACAGUUCGACACACGAGGAUAACAGUACUUUUCAGGAAACAUGUCCACACUGCUUCCAAUUGUUGGUUCUGGAUAACUCUAGAGUGCGCCUCAAACCUAAAGCCAAAUUGACACCGAAGAUACAGAAACUUAUUAAUCGAGAAGCAAGAAAUGAUACACUCAGUUUUAAAGAAGCGAAACUGUUGAGAAAGUAUAAAGACUCUACAAGUGUGCUGAACACCUACAUCUGGACAGUCAACACCCAUUUGCUCCUCAAGGAAUGGGAGCAAAAGAAAGAAACACUUCUCUCAACUAAAAGCACUGCUCAGCCAGAGCGCGUCUGACAAGAGCCCAGCGCUGGACUUCAGGCACUUCUUAUCUUCUCUGUGAGGGAAUGACCUCUGAAAGAAAGAACUGUCAAGUGCAGCGUCUGUCCUCACUUUGAUGUCUGAGCACAUGGAAACUAAGCCAAAAGCAAGCUGUUCUUGUCACCCUUCAGUGCUGUGGGAAUUGACUCACUAAACCAAGCCUCCUGGGCCUCCCUGGUGAAUGUGAAGGCCAAAAAAUGACCAAAGGGAAAGUACUGCUGUGGCCACGCCUACAACUCUGUAUUUUAUCUCCAGGACCAAUGGAGCAGAAUGAACCCCAGCCUACAGGUUGUUCUCUGAGCUCCACAUGAGUGCCUGCCCUGCAGCAGAUGAAUAAAUGUAAUAAAGGGCUUUGAAAACUGAGACAGUUUUUAUGAUAAAGGUAUAAUAUGUACCGAAUGGUAGUAUUUAAUUUAGGUUUUGAAGUUUUAUUAUCAUUUCUUUCAGAAGGAAACAAGCUUUCUUCCAUGUAUAAAUAACGUUUUAAUAUAGAAAAAUCAAAUGUAUUUCCUCAGUCACGUGCAUAACAAUAUUAGUAAACUAUGAACAUUUUUCACAUUUUGAAAGAUAAAAUAAACACCUGCU